GCUGCCUCCUCCUCCUGCGCUUCAGCCCGGCCUGAACACAAGACACGGAGAGGGAGCGCAGAGGGCCUGAAAAUGGCGGCUGGAAGUGGAGCCGCGAGCGGCCAGAGUCGCGGCUCGGCCGCUGUGCUGGAGUCGAGCCUGGACCGUCGCUUUCAAGGAGUUACAAACACGAUGGAGUCGAUUCAGGGACUAUCGACCUGGUGCAUCGAGAACAAGAAACACCACAGCAUCAUCGUCCGGCACUGGAUCAAGCGGCUGAGGAAAUCGGAUUCAUCUCACAGGCUCAAUCUCUUCUACCUGGCUAAUGAUGUCAUUCAAAAUUGCAAGAGGAAAAAUGCCAUUGUCUACCGCACCACCUUCACUGAUGUUCUUCCAGAGGCUGUUAAGCUUAUCAAUUCUUCGAAAGACUCACAGGUGUGCAAGUCUGUGGACAGGAUCCUGUCUAUCUGGGAGGAGAGGAAUGUUUACUCAGAGGAGCUCAUUAGUCAGCUCCGGGGCAGUCUGAUCCAGAAAGAAGAACCACCAGCUCCUGUUCAAACUGUCAACCCAAAGGCAGCACUAAGAUCCAAGAUAGUUGCAGAGUUUGUGCCCUCAGCAUUCAUUGAGCAACUGACUAAGUACAGGAAGUCAAUAGAUGAGACGGAGCUAAAAGAGAAACAGCUUGCUGCUAUGAGAGUGGAUGUGUGCAGCACCACAGCUUUAAAGAAACUCAAAGAUAAAGCAGGUGGCAAGCGUUUUUCCAAGGAUUUUGAGGACGGUAGUAAAAAGCUUCAGGACUUUGUAGCCUAUCUCGAUGGAGAAGUCAAAAAGGGACCGCCCCUGAUGGAGGCUCUGGAGAAUGCAGACAUCUUCUAUGAAAUGCAGUAUAAAGAGGUUAAAAUUAUAACCAAAGCCUAUCAAACUUUUGCCAACCGAGUGUUGCAUCUCAAGCGUAAACUGGAUGCACUCAAAUCCGCUGUACCUGACCCCAAUGAAUCACCCGUUCCAUCACCCUUGGAAGAUGCCCCCUCACCCACAGGGUCAGAGUCACCAUUCCAUGACCUUCCACAAAUUGGUACCCCAGACCCGGAGCUGGAUGGCCAAGCUAUGGAGGAGGACCUGAUUGCUUUGGGUGAUGCUCCUAGUCCGCUGUCCUCCAUUGGAGAGAAAGAUAACCGUGACGUUGAGGAUAUGGAGCUGUCCGAUAUGGAGGAAACCGAAGGGCCAGCCAUCAUAGUGGAAGAGAAAGUGGAGCAGCCCAGUCCUGUCAGUAUUCUAAGUGAAACCCCUGCGGUUGCAGUCACUGUACCCUCUCAGCCCAGUCAAGCUGCACCAGUGAAGCAGGUCACAGCUCCAGCUCCAGCUCCAGUUCAAGCUGCAGUUCCAGCUCCAGCUCCAGUUCAAGCUGCAGUUCCAGCUCCAGUUCAAGCUGCAACUCCAACUGCAACAGUGACCCCAACAACUCCGUCACUUCCCAUUAAUCUCGCUGGAGUUGAUCUAAGCAAAAUCAGCUCCAUCCUUAGCACACUUACAAAUGUGAUGAAGAACUCUGGGGUGAGCCCAGCAUCCCGUUCAUCCACCACUACUUUAAACACCCCUUCCACAGCAAGCUCAGCUCCAAAAACCCCCACCACACCCGCCCCAGCAGCAGCUCCUGCAGCCAGCCCCCUGGCUAGCAUCCUCUCCAGGGUGGACUUCAACCCAAGUACACUGCUCAGCGCCUUGUCCAAAACCCAAGCACAAGGAAUUGGCCUUCAGGGUCUCUCAUCCUUACUGAACAAUCAGACUGGAAUCACCACUACACCAUCAGGCCAAGGGGAUGGACCCAUCACAAUGGACCCAUCCCCAGACCCCACUAAUGUAUUGCAUUCACAAGCCUCUCCAAAGACCACAGUGUCAUCUGCUCCCCCACCGGCCAGAGUUUCCACUCCUCAAAGAGCUGAACUCGCCCAAUCUUCUCAAUCUCCCAACAUUAUUCAGACCAGAGAUCUUCAGAAAGAAGUGGAACCAGAGCCUGUUACCUCUGUCAGCUCUAGUUUGGAUUCCAAAAUUGAUAGUUUCCUCCAGGGGAAUUCAGUGUUGAAAGGCUUAAAUAUGGGUUUCCCUUCUGUUUUGCCUUGGCCUAAAGGUGUUGACAGUCCUUCAACAAGCACAGACAACCUUGGUGGAACUCCUGUAAGGGAUGAAUCUGGUGCUACUCCAACUCAAGAUGAAGUCAUGGAUGAUCCUGUAGUACAACCGCCCUCAUAUCAAGGUGGGCCUAGAGAAGCAGCAUCAGCAACAUCAGCUUUGGCAUCCAGUUCUGCACCCCCAGUGACCAGUGAAAUGCCAAUGGCCACUUACUCAGAUUUAUGGAAAGAGCAAAAUAAGCAUGGUUCACAAUUUGGAUUUCGGUCACAAAAUGGAGGACAGCUCUAUGAUAGAAAGGACUUCCAAAUUUCAGAGCCUUCUCUGACUCAAGCAGGGACUGGAAGACAUCAACAUGUAGAACCUCUGCUGCAGUCGUCUUUGGCAAAUAGCAGUCAAAUGUCCAAUGAGAAUGUUAAUAUGGACAGAACUGGCUCAGUAAACCAAGGGGCAACUGCAUAUUCCAUUACUGGUAAAGCAAGAGAUGAUGCUGGUGCUGGCCUGGCAGAUGGUGGCUGGUACAGGGAAUCGUAUAGAGGUGGACUAGAGCAGCCUGUGGCCCACUCUGAGGGGUAUGGCAGAGAACAGUUCCCCUCUGAAGAACCUAGAAAAGAUCUUAGUAGUUCUUCAGACUUCUUUAAGGCCCUGCUUCCACCACUGCCCCCAAUUCCCCAGCUUCCACCUCCUCCUACAGAAUUUCUGCCCCCAGUGGAAGGUGCGAGCAAAGAUUCUGUGGAGCAUCCAGAUCCUGUUGAUAAAACGCAGCCUGGUGAUAUGCAUCCUUAUGUUUCACCAAAUCCUGUUGGUUACGAAGAUUACGAUGAACGUCAAUCCCAUCCGUUCCCACCUAAAGAGCCUUUGAAUCCCCAUCUGAAUAUGUCUGGACCUCGGCUCCGUGGUCCAGCACCUCGCAUGGCCCCUCCAGACCCUAGGACUGGCCAUGUCGAUUACAAUAAUCGCAUGGGAGUCCCUCAGCGCCUUCCACAUCCCCCUAAUAUGAUCCAAAACCGACCAAGGCCUCCCAACCUUAGGGGCUUCCCAGAGACUUCAAGUGCUCCACAAGCUCCAUCUGAGGAGCCCUACAUUGAACCAUAUAAUAACCCAGUCCAUCAUAACCCUUCUUCCCAUCCUUUUCAUGGUGAGCACCCCCUUUCUCCUCAAUCACAUGAUUAUUACCCUGAAGACAGAGAUAUUCCCCCACGCCACCCAGAACAUAGACCUGCUCCUUCUCUUGAACAUAGACCUCCUGCUCCGUUCCCCUAUCGAGGUCCCCGUCCUGGCCCAUUCCCACCCCAGAGACCUCUGCGUCGCCCUCCCCCACCACACAUGCCGUUUCCAGGCGAGCUGCCAUUUCAGAGAGGAAAGCGACAUGGUCCCCCAUUUGCUGGAGGUCCCAGAGCUGGGGGUAUGUUUUACCCCCCUAAAAGACCUUUCUUGCCCCCGCGGUAUUGAGUUGUUGAAGCAUGUGCAUCCAACUGCUAAAAUAUUGGACUUGCUGCCAGAUGAGGCUUCCUGCUGUCAACCACGUAAUCUGGAUCUCCUGCUGGAUUCCUUCGCUAGGCGUGGCUAGGUAACAUCACUAAUUUUCACUCACAGUUAAAUAUACCACAUAGCCACAUACUCCAUAUUGGUGUUAAGAAGCUUGAAGAUCUGUGUUCUCCCAUGGGUUGGGGAUUUGAAAGACCUUCAGUCUCAGUACGGGCUGUGGAGAGAAGGUUGUCAUGUAACCGAGUAAUGCCAGUUGAAGAUUACUGCAGUGGAAGAAGGAAGAAAAACAGGGUGGAAUUCUGGUGACGAAGUGUCGAGCAAGUGGAGGAGGCUUGAAUGUGGCAGGAUAAAGAAGGAAUGAGGUGCUUAUCCUUUUAUUUGAUCUAUUUUUUGACAUAGAUUUUUUUCUAGUUUCAGUUAAAAGUCAGUGUGUUGAAGGGUUUUAUACUACCCUUUCAUCCCUCUUAAAAAUGCUGUGUGCGUGUGUGCCUGUGUGCAUGUGUAUUCAUGUAUGGAAAAGUGGCUGUCUGAAUGGCACAUAAACAUCUGGCAUUUAAAAUGUAUAUUCCACCAAAUGUUCAAAAAGUUGUGCAAAAAUCAGUUGUUGAAAUUACUCAAAGUGGCAGAGAAAGGAACCAGGGGUUACAAUGUUACUGUUGAUUUAGUACAUGUUACAUGUUCUAUAGCCAAGGGUUGUGAAAACUUAUUUACAAAAGGCUAUUGGGGCAUUCCAAACAAGCACACCUCAAAUUCUGGAAAGCUGGACCAUGGUCUGAACCAAUGUUCAUAUGUUUGUGUUUGUCUACAUUUGGUAUAAUUUGUUAAGGUGUUACACUGCAGUUUAUUGAGCGACUUAAAAAAGUUACAAACUUUAAAAGCAUGUGUGUCUCAGCAAAAUCAGCCAGACUUUCAGAUUACCUUUGGAUUUCUUAUUCAUAAGGAGUUUCCCCUUAUGAACAAGCAAUUACAGUAGAUACAUAUAUAUUGCAAACAUAAUCAAAAGUCAGAAGCAUCCCAAAAAGGGUUUUCAAACUUAAAAAAAAAUAGACCAAUACUGCUUUUUUUGUUGUUUGGACUAAAUUUUGCUUCUUUGGUUCAGACUGUGGUUUCCAGAACCUUUUAAAAUCUGCUAUUUUAGUCCUGACCAAACCUGAGGGAUUGUACUUCCUUGCUGGCAUGAACUUGGAACUGCUCUGGCCAUUUGUGGAUAAGAUGGAACACCCCUGCAAAAAAAAACAUUGGACAUCUGGUUCCUGUGAUCACCUAAGUCAAACUAUUCUUUAGAUAAAAGCAUUACACUUUAUACCACUCUCAAUUUGUUUACAUCCUAAUUAUGCAGAAAAAAACAUUUAGUGGAAUUCCCUUUUAGGUUAAAUAAUCCUCACUGCUCAUCUAAAGGAAAACAUUCAAAUAAGUUAGUCCAGUUAGUGGCUUCAGGUUUUCAUUCUUUAAAAAAAAAAGCAACACGCUUUACCACUUGUUUAAUCAGUUGGUCAGUCUUCAAUCAACCAGUGGAAUGAAAACCUGCAGCAACACUGGCCAGUUGCAGUUAUAUUAAGCACCCCAUUACUGAGCUUUCUGACAUUUUGAAGCUUGUAUGUACUUGCCGAUUUUGAGUUGACUUUACUUCAGACUAGAUGUAAAGCCAGUUUGUACAUAGGCAAAAGUAGAAUGUACAUUUGCAUACAGUAUAUUGCUAGUUACUGUGUGCUUGGGAAAGAGUUAGAUAUUUAAAGUAAUAAUCACAGGUCCUAGGCCAAGCAGUUAAGUUUCACGUGCAUUGGUCAUGAACUCGUUUGUUUAGCCCUUGUGUGUUAAUAGGUGUUGGCGAGGGUGGGUGUGGACUGAAAGUAAAAGGGGUGACUAGUGUUUUUUUUAUUUUUUAAUUCAAAAUGACUGAAGAUGCUGAAGAAGAGAAGUUGUUCUGUGCUGGAGCCAGAGACAACAUCACGUUCCUUCCUGGAUUCUUUACUGUACUGACUUAAAUAAAAUUUCUGGAAAAACUCCAUGGUAGAGUGUUUCUCAACCAUGGUGUCUCUGUCUCUUCA